UUGUAAAAAUGUGCUCAGAAACACAUAAAAGUUAAUAAUAUAAACACUUAUAGAUACUUAGUAGCACCAACACCGUUGAUCGGCCCCACUAACCAAUCACAGUUAAAAUACAACAAACAAAAUUAAAAACAAAUCGAAUAUAAAAUUUAACCCGAAUCUUCAAAUUUAAUGCGAAAAUCACUGUCAUCAUUACUUUUUUUCAAAUUAAAUCUUUAUUGAACAUUUUACUGUCUGCACAACUGUCAAAAAAAAUCAAAAAUUAUACAAAUUUUCAAUAUAAAUCUUAAACUGAUUAUUUUUUUACAAUGCACUCAGCAAGCAUCAUGGAUUCUGAUUCGUCGUGUUAUUAUGAAACGACUUACAGUGAAGAUGAAAGAAUUGAAGCAGCGCUCGAAGAAAAAAGAAGAAAACUGCCCCAACGUGCCCAAGAAGUCAAUUUGGCACGACAAAAAUUAUUUGAUGAUUUCGCCGAAUCCAACUUAGAGAUCUUUAAUUUACCAGGCCUCAAAUUCCACACAUUUCGACACACAAAAAUCAAAUUUUCAUUCCAUCCAGCAUCAGUCACGAAUUUUGUCAUUCAAAAUGUCAAAUUUUACAUUUCUCUUAAAUACGUGAACAAAUAUUGGAGGGUAAAACGAGAUUCACUUCCAAGUAAUUUCAAAUGGAAAAUAUACAGUUUAUUUUAUAAUGAAAACACUUUUGAAAUUGAUGAUGAAAAUAUUCUAGCAAUUUUAAUGAAAAUUUACAAACUACUCGUAUCAUGGGCACAAAAUGAAGAACAAUUUCGUUUGGACAAAUUUGAGAGGUACAAGAAGGGUGAAGAUGUGGAAUUGGAUUCGGACGACGAACAGUUUUUUUUAAAUCAAGAUGAAAGAAAUGAACGUCUUGCGAAGAAAACUAAAAUACUUCGUCGCAUGAUACCACCAAACAGAAGAAUAUAAACCAAUCUGAAACAGUAUUACGAUUAGUAUUAUGUAUUAUUAUUAUUCAUUUAACUUAAUUAUAUUUAACUUUUAAAGCUGUUUUUUAAAGGAAAUUCCCAAGUCAAAAUUUUGGUGAAAAAAUUCGUGGCAACAUUUUGUGUUUGACCCUAAAAAUUUUAAAAUCCUUUGGUGCCGAUUUUAGACUCUUUCCUGAAUAUUUUAUGUAACUUUAGUGACGAUUUCAUGAAAUAGUUAUUUAUACGGAGGAGAUACAAUGAUGGAACAGCUGGAAAUAAAAGAUAACCUACUUCAUAAUUAUUUAUACAGGGUGUUAUGUAAAAUCUCUUGAGGAAUUCUUCCUUCAAACAACACUUAACGAUAAGACGUAUUUUCUGUUUAAAUAAAUAGAGCCAAAAUAAAAUUUGGACUUCCAUAAUUUCGAAACUUUUGUAGAUGAGAUGAUUGUAAAGAGCAACACUAAAAUUAGCAAGUAAAUGAACAAAAUAAUCAGGAUUUUUGCAACUAAUGAAAUCAUAACACAUAACAAACAUCAUGCGUCAAUAUCGUAAUUUGUGUUGAGGUUUUCGAAAGUGUUUAUUAAUUUAAUUAGUGCAGUUAGUAGUGCAAAAUGUCAAAGCUAAUCAUCGACAGUGUACAGUUGCUGAAGCAGCGAAAGAAGCAACAUUAAAACUUUUACUUGUGACAUUUAGUUAUAAAAGUAGCCACUUUUGUGACUUCUGCGAAUAAAAGAAAUUUGUAAAGUUGUUAAUAUAAUUUUCAUGCCGUUUAAUUUUAUAUAGAUACAUUAGAGUUCAACGCAUGUGAAAAGUUUUAACAACAUUUAUGUAUCUAAAUCAGAAGUCUAUUUCUACAUAUAACAAAAGUAAAUAUAAAAGAAAUUUUUUGUCAUUUUCAUGCAAUGUUUACUCUACUUUAAUACUUCAGCAAUUUUCUUCUGGUUUUCUGUGUUUCAUAAAAUGUUUGAGACUUUAGUUUUUUUACACUUGUCAAAUGUUUAGAGUUCAAACUUAUAAAAUUUUACCUUUAAACAUUUUUUAAAUUAUUAAAUUAGCCUUGAAUUUUAUUUCCUGGUCCAAAUUAUUUACUUUUUUUAUGGAUCAAUCCCGAGAGGCGACCGAAUUCCAUUUGAGGAAUUAAAAUAGUUGACAACCAAGAUAUAAAUCACACAAAACUGCAAUACAACAAUUUAUUUUCCCUUUUAUAAACUACAAAAGAACUAAUGAUUUAUAGGAGUAAAAUUUUGGAUAACUUCCACAAUGGUAACAACUUCAGCCAUUGCCCCUGCACCAGUAUCCCCACACAUGAGAGUUUUUUCAAUAACAGGCACUUCUAUAUAACCCCAAGAAAUUAAAGUGCUUAUUUGUGUUGCUGUAAGAGGAUGUUGAAACAUUUUGGUAUUCAUAGCAGGACAAAAAAUUAAUGGUUUUGAUAAUUCCCAUGCUCGAGCAGUACAAGUUAAAAGAUUAUCACAUAAUCCCUAUAAAAAAAUAAGAAACAAUAUAUCUACUUUAAUACAUUUAUCAUACAUUUGCAAUUUUUGCUAAAGUAUUUGCAUCCAAAGGAGCAAUAACAAAAAUAUCAGCCCAUUUACUUAAUUCAAUGUGUAAAACAGGAUCGCCCCUUUUAGUCCAUCCUGCCCACUCAUCAGAAUCAGUAAAGACUUCAGCAUCAGGAUGAAUGUCUUUCUGAUCAAAAAAGUGUUUAGCUCGUUCAGUUACCACAAUGCGAAUCUAGAAAAACACAUUACGUUGUAUUUGUCGCUUUAUUCCCUUGGGAAUAAAAUACAUGAAAUCCCAACUUUUACUAUUAAAGUAGGUAACGCCAGAGGCAACCGAAGAGGGCCGAGGGCAUUUUUAUUCGAGAAAUCAAUUUACUACUAAUCAAAAAUCCUACCAAGAGAUUGUAAAGUUGUUUUUCUCUCCCAA